AAACGAAAUCGCCCAAAAAAUGAAGUCCAUCUUACCCAUAUUCGCUCUCGUGGCGGCCGUGGCCGCAGCAAGCCCACAGAUUUUGGCCGAGAUCACCCGCGACCUCCGACACCGUGCCGUGUACCCCGAAAAGGGUCAGGUCUGCUGCAGAACGGACGGCAAGAACUGCGAUUGUGAUCGGGGGAUUUGCACUAGCUAGGAUGUCAAAAAUGGCAUCGAAGGAACAAUUUGUGGAUCAGGUGUUUUUGAUUGAUUACUUUGAAUCACUCUGGAUAGGACAGGUAUUGUUGCAGGGCAUGAGAACCUUGCUGUUGCUAUUAAGGGCUCUGAUAUCUAUUACUAUGGGCUUCAGAC